GCGGGACGGAAGCUGGGGGGCGGGCACACGGCGGGGGCGGGGCCCGACGGAGCCAGCUGACCCCCGAGCAAGAGCCGAGCGCUUGCAGGCGCGCUGCCCCGCCCCUCGUCCCCGCGAGCUGCAAGGGUCCCGGCUGGUGCUGCGGGACCCCGGGAGGUUGAAGGCCAAGCAUGGGGAAGAGCUGCAAGGUGGUCGUGUGCGGCCAAGCAUCUGUGGGCAAAACUUCAAUCCUGGAGCAGCUUCUGUAUGGGAACCAUGUAGUGGGUUCUGAGAUGAUCGAGACUCAGGAGGACAUCUAUGUGGGCUCCAUUGAGACGGACCGGGGUGUGCGGGAGCAGGUGCGUUUCUACGACACCCGGGGGCUCCGAGAUGGGGCUGAACUGCCCCGGCACUGCUUCUCCUGCACUGAUGGCUACGUCCUGGUCUACAGCACAGACAGCCGAGAGUCCUUUCAGCGUGUGGAGCUGCUCAAGAAGGAGAUUGACAAAUCGAAGGACAAGAAGGAGGUCACCAUCGUGGUCCUUGGCAACAAGUGUGAUCUCCAGGAGCAGCGGCGUGUAGACCCAGAUGUGGCUCAGCACUGGGCCAAGUCGGAGAAGGUGAAGCUGUGGGAGGUGUCGGUGGCUGACCGCCGCUCCCUCCUGGAGCCCUUUGUUUACCUGGCCAGCAAGAUGACCCAGCCCCAGAGCAAGUCAGCCUUCCCCCUCAGCCGGAAGAACAAGGGCAGCGGCUCCUUAGAUGGCUGAAGAGCUGCCAUUCCUUCACUCUCCCAGCCCCAUUCUAGCUUCUGGGGCUCUGGAAAAUGGGCUGAGGGCAAAGGUGGGGAGGGGCAGGCAAGCUGUCCUUUCCGAUCAGCAGGGGAGCUCCCCACUAGGCAAGCCCACUUUUGCUCCCUCUCAACUCCAGGAAGUGCAAAGAAUCUUGGUUAGCACCCCCUCCCCUCAAACAUCCAGCCUCUUCCCCACCCCCACCCCCAGCUUUCAUCCUAUCUGCCUCUGUCACCUGGGGCAGUUGUGGGUCAUUGUCCCUUCCAUCUGUUCUGGACAGGAAGCAGAGCUACCAUGCAGAGGUACCCAUUCUAGGGUCGGGUUCCUAUUAUAGGAGUCCCACCUUCUGGGCUUCCUGCCAAUAAAACACACACACACAUACAUACACACACACUGCACGCACGCACACCUGGAUACUAGAGGAGUGUCCAGGUAUUGUGUGUGUAUGCUGGCAUGCUCCUCAUCCCUCACCCUGACCUUUCUCCUGUCCUUUCCCCGGCUGAAAGAAGCUAGCCUCCUGGGAGUGUAAUUCUGUUCUAAACACCGCUCCCACCCCCAAUUGUUUCACUUCCUCUUCCUGCUCAGGGAGCAGAUAGGCCUCAUUGGUCGAGGUGGAAUGGAGUGAUGACCAGCUGACUUUGUGACCCAGCAAGACCUUGCCCCUCUCGGCGCCAGUUUUCUCAUCUGUAAGGUGACGGGAGUUGCUUAGCUGAUCUCCCGGAUCCUCUCCAGCUCUACGGUUUUAUAAAGCUGUGGCCUCUCCCUCUUCAAGGUGCUAAGCCCACCAGCCCUGGCGGCUGGGACAACGCUCCCUCCAACCACCAGGGGGCGGGAGUGCUCUUUCCACUCGGUUGCCAGAGUGGCCGCUCAGUGCCCAACCUGCAGACCUCUCUUGCCCGUGGGGCUGGGCUUCAUCCCUUCCUGUGGUGGUUUUCAGCUCAUGGCUGGACUUCUGUUUAAAAGUGACCUGUAUUUACCUGCCUGCUGCUGUGGUGAAGGCUGGCCAAGGUGCUCCUCUAAAGCCCUUCUUACCUCAGAUGCCUGAACAGAACAAGGCAAACCAGUAGCAGCUUCUCAGGAGCUGGCAGGUCUUCCGUCGGGGCUCAGAGGGUGGCUACACGCUCAGACCGGCUGUACAGCCAGCUUAUAACACACAACUUCUGUGCCCACCUCGUGCUUCUAGUGCACACACCCAGCCUGGGCGAGACCCUGCAGCCAGGCAACCUCCAGUCCUCGCCCCUUCUCCCCAAGACAGGAGAGGUGAGCGGAGCAGGUGCCCAGGGCUGGGCAAGUAGGAUCAGGACAUGUACAGGCUCGGGCUUCAAGUUAAUUUAUUGAUGCUUUGGACACA